CUGUUUAUAAAUAAACUCAAAGUAAAUUCCAAAUUGUCUUAUUUACGAUUCAAAAAUACCCGCUCAUCAGAGCUAAUCUUGAGCCCGAGUGCUAAUAAGCUGUAAAGUAUAUAUGAAUCAAUACUUUAAAAGUCCGUCUGACAUACGUACAUACGUGUAGAUACCACAUACAUACCGCACAGACAAGCGCCAAACAUGGAAACUCACCAAACGCUGCUUUUGUAGCUUAAAGGGUAUAACUAAUAAAGAUUCGCUCAAAGUUCACAUAUACAUACACAUAUACAUACAUAUACAUACGUACAUACAACUGCACAUACGCAUUUACUUACAAUGAAAAAGACAUUUCAAUUGAUUAAAGAAAAAAGAUCAAUAGUUUGUGCUCAUCAUUUGAAGCGAUAAGAAGUCUACAAGCGUCGUGAAGCUGAGCUAAAAUGAAGCUAAGAAAAAUGUCGCGUCAAAGUAUUAAUAUAUACAUCGGAGCGUUCUUGCUUGUGUGUGGUCUCAUCACCAUCAAUGCCGCCGCAGACAGCUCCGAAGAGCUGAACAACAGCGCGGAUACGCCGCAAGAUCUUGCACGCGCUCAACUACUUGACGCCAUAACGGAAGAUUAUCUCACACUACUCGACUUUGAGCUGUCGAAGAGCCAAGACAUCGUGCAAAGCGUGCUGGACGAUGACAAACUGCUGGUGCCGCAUAGCGAAAUCUUUCAAAAGAAGAAAAUGCAAUUGAAAAUCUACAUUGACCUGGUCACAGAGAAACAGCAGAAGAAGCUGCCACCACGGACGCAGAAGCCGGCACGUUUCUUUUAUAUUUUCAGUAAAUCGUUGUUGUAUAAAGACUUCAUAGGCAUGAUUGCACGGUUGGAGCCCACAGAUCGUUAUGAUGCCUUGAUUGAUGACACGUUCAUGGAUAAUGGGCUUGGAGAGUUUGUAGAUGCUGUGAUGGAGAAACGCAAUGCUUUGGUUGCGAAGAGCGUGCGUCUCAUUCAUGAAUAUUUGAAAGGUUUGCCAGCGGAACAGCAACGAAAAGCGAUGGCUUACAAACUCUCCGAUUGGGCGUUGAAAAUGAAACAGGCUGAAGAGGUCACUGAGAAGAUGGCUAACUUCAGGGAAUUCCUACGAUAUUUCUACUUGGAAGCCACAAUAACUGCUGAUAAGGCGGAGUUGUAGAAUAAGAAUUCUAGGAAAAUUCUAGGAAAACGAAAACCUUGGAUUUAACUUCUGAAUAUUUAUCACUUAAUAGUAAAAUUAUUAUUUGUAUGACUCUGAAGACGCAUAAAAUCUUUGUUGUUUCCUAUUA